UCGCUUUGAGACGGAACAUCAACAGUGAUGGCGGACAAGGAGAAGCGGCGGUCAGCAGUGACUCCUCCGGGGAUCCCCGAGGCCAAAACAAGCCAGCCGGAUAGCGACAGGGAGUUUUUGGCGCAGGCGGGAGUCGGAGAGCUGCUCCGCGGCGCCAUUCUGAAGAUGAUCGAGUCCAGAUCGGACGAUCCGAUCGGGUUUCUCGCCGACCACUUCUGUAACCUAUGCACCGUGUCGGAGACCGGCGCGGCCGCAUGCGGUGACGGGGAUCAGUCGGCCGACGGCCCGGGGAGCGCAGGCGCCCAGGAGCAGCAGCGUCUGAACAGGGCGCUGUGGCACCUGCGGCUGGCGCACCACUCCCAGAGAUCUGCCAUCAACAACAAUAUGCGCAUUGCUUAUGAUUUGCUGAAUCUCAGUGGGCCCGAUAAGCAUCCAGGUGGGAUUCCUGACGAACCAGAGGGCUCCUGUCCUGAUCGCCUGACAGGAGGAGGAGUAAGAGGAGGCCUCUACACGCAGACUCUGGAGUGCCUGUGCAGUGAAGGUGGAGUACCUGCCUCCACCUCUGCUCCGCUCCUCCAACGUCUCCACUGCCAAGACCACGAAGCCGUCCCUUAUGAUGUUUUCAGACACGGUGUGCUGACCUGCGCUGUGUUCUCAGACUACAUCCGGCAGGCUCAGAGGCUGUAUGCACAGGUCUGCUGUCCAGACAAAGGGCCGGCAUCACGCGCACUCUUCCUGGCCGUGUUGGGAACCCUUAAGGAAGCCCUGGAUACUUCUCAUAGCUGUGACGCGGACUGUUAUACUAAUAGCAAAGCUAAUUCCUGCCUGGAGGCUAAUGUGAAGGCUAUUCGCUAUUUGGAGGCCAGUGCUAAGAUUUCUCCCUAUAAGCUAGCUCAGGCUAUGGCGGGAUCACAGACACGGGAGCCAGGUGGGAAUAUGGACGCGAAGGAGUUUGAGAAUGCGGCAGCAGAGCUCUUCAUCACUCGAGUGAAAGUUGUGUCAUAGGUUUCUUCUCCUUUAACUUGUUAAUAUGUAGCAAUCUCCAGUCUAUCUGACAGUAAAAUGUUAUGCUUAUCAGAAACAAUGAGAAUCGAAUGAAGCAUCAGUUAUUAUUUAACUAAGCUCUUAGCAUGACAACAGCGGUAGGAGACUCUAAUGCUACAGUGUGGAGGGUGGUGAUUCAACAUUGUGAUGUUCAGAGCUCCACAUUUCCACUGUUUCAUUAACAGACAUACUCACUGCUUUUGAGGUGUCCAAUAAAAAGGGUGCAAAAAUUUGUCCACCCAGCCUUUGAAGGUUAGCCAAUGAAAUCUGGAAAA